UAACGGAAAGGCGACUUCCUGCCUUUAUUUUGAAACGAACCGGAUAAGUGGUUUACGCAGAGUCUUAUAUGUGACAGAAACAACGACGUCAGGCAGCUCAGACCGUGUCGGCUGAAUCCAGAGCGACUGUCCGAGAGAUAACGCGCUGGACCUCACCGAUUUCACCUCUGAACACAAACUGCAUAGCUGAGUCAUGUGAGAAUGCGCUCGCAGGCCCUGCAGCGACCCGUUGUGUGAGCACGCUCGCAACGAAAAGAAGAACCCGCUGCUGUCGGCGUCACUCAACCUCCAAGACCUCGUCAGCCUUUACGGUUCCUCCGCUCUUCACUCAGGAGCAGAAUGUGUGCAAACAGCUGCAUUUCACUGUGUGGACUAAAUCUUGGUGUGUGAAGGUUUCCCAGACAUCGCUGUCCCAUCCUGUGUGUGGGAUGUCUUCUGAGCUGCUGGUAGAUCUGGGUGAAGACGCUGCAACUGCACAGUUAGGACAGCUGAAGCUCUCCACCCUAGAGGACCAGCAGUGGCCACCUGAUGAGCCCUCACUUAGCAAAUCAGAGACGGAGAAUUCCCAGGGCUUUGACCCCGGCUCUCCCCACCUACCCUGGGACCAUCCGUUCUAUGACAUAGCCAGGCAUCAGAUUAUUGAGGUUGCAGGAGAUGACAACUUUGGCAGGAAGGUGAUAGUGUUCAGCGCCUGCAGGUUGCCGCCGCAGCAUCAGCUCGACCAUCAGAAGCUGCUGAUGUAUCUUAAAGCCACUCUGGAUCAGUACGUAGAGAGCGACUACACAUUGAUCUACUUCCAUCACGGACUGACCAGUGAAAACAAGCCUUCAUUCGGCUGGCUUCGAGAAGCAUACAGGGAGUUCGAUCGGAAAUAUAAGAAGAACAUCAAAGCGCUGUACAUUGUCCAUCCCACCAUGUUCAUCAAGACUCUGCUGAUCCUCUUCAAACCAAUCAUCAGUUUUAAGUUCGGCAGGAAGAUUAACUACGUGAGCUACCUGAGUGAGCUGGAGGACGUGGUCAAGUGUGACCAGCUGGUCAUCCCGACCCGCGUCAGAGAGUAUGACAACAAACUGAGAGCAUCUCUGAAGCCCAGCUCGCUGCCCUCCAUGUCUCCUCCUCAUAGCCCCCCCCUACCUGAGCAGGUGUUUGGGGUUUCACUAGUCAUGCUGAGACAGAAGGAUCCAGAUAAUCAUCUAGUUCCUGUAGUGAUGAGAGACACAAUUAGCUUCCUGUCAGAACAAGGUUUGGAGAUUGAAGGGAUCUUCAGGAGGUCUGCCAAUGUGACUCUGGUGAAGGAGGUCCAACUCAAGUACAACUCUGGAGCCACAGUGAACUUCAAAGACAUGGAGGACAUUCACCUGGCCGCUGUCAUACUAAAGACGUUUCUUCGAGAACUUCCUGAACCUCUGCUGACCUUCCAGCUCUACAAUGACAUUGUCAACUUCACAUCUGUAUCCAGUGAUAAUCAGGCAGAAGUAAUGAAAACUUUGGUGGAGUCUCUCCCAGAGGAGAACUACGCCUCACUGCGGUACCUCAUCACAUUCCUGGCUCAGGUGUCAGCCAACAGUGAAGUGAAUAAGAUGACAAACAGCAACCUGGCUGUGGUGUUUGGCCCAAACCUGUUGUGGGGGCGGGACAAUGCCAUGUCGCUCAGUGCUAUUGGGCCAAUCAACAACUUCACCAGAACCCUGCUGGACCAGCAGCAUCUGAUUUUCACCUAAUUCCCUCUCCCCUUCUUCUUCUUGAGGUCUUUCAUGCAGCCUGUGUUGCCAUGGAGACCUCCCUUCUCUGCAGCAUUUUAACAUGAGCGCCACCAAUUAGGAAGGAACAAACUGUGGACCAAUCGCAUGUUGCUUCAUCUCUCUGACUCGUCCACUAGCAUUGUCCUGUCGAUUAUCCCGCCUACAGGCUGCAUUCCUGUGUCCAUGUGAGUCAAGCAUGAAUGAGUUAGACUACAAAGAAUUAUCUUGGUAAAAAAAAAAAUGGAACAAAAACCAUUUUUUUAUUUGCUCUCUCUAUGGUAAUGCCCUGUUUAUUGCUCCCCUUUCUUGAUUGGUGCCAAAAAAAAGAAAAAAACUGCCUCACAAGCAUGACCAAAUGUGCUGUAGGAAAGUGAUUUCUGAGCUGAAGGCAGGAGAGACCAUCAGAGCGGAGGUGGAAGUUUAUGUGUCUGCGAAGGACUCAGGUUUACCUAAAUAAUUGUGAACUUGGUACUGAAAUUGUGUCGACAAUCUUCGGAGUGCUGUGGUCAUAGGAAGCCAUGGAGUGGCUUCAGUGUAGUUACUUGGAGAUACCAAACCCAGCUGCUGGCGUAGAGUCUGGACUGGACCAAAACAUUGAACUAAUUCUACCCUUGGAUUUCAAGACCUUCUUCCCAGCCUGAUAUCAUGUUGUUUGGCAGCUCAGUGACCGCUUUAGUCAGCAGUAUUAGGUGGUGAAGAAACUUUCUGUUUUCUAGUGGGAUGCAAAUUCAUUGUCUUCUUCAUUUACUAGAAAUGUUUUGUUUCCAUAGGAAUACACCAUUUAAUCCCACAUUACCACCAUAUUUCCUUAUACAGUUGGCUUAUUGUUGGUAAUACUCUCUUGGUUUUUAUAGUCUUCCAGCACCUAGUUGGUAAACUCCAGGUAGAGAGUAGGAAAGUAUCACCCCUUAAAGACCAGACAUGAUUGGAUGGUGUCGACCUUCUUUUUUUUUUUUUUUUUUACUUUUAUUGCCAAUAGAAGCACGUUUCUUUUGGUACAUGACAGUAACUGGAAUGAGUUCCAGCUGCCACAGACCUUCAGUCAUACUGUCAGCAACACUUUCUACACGUUUUUCUUCAUGUAGCAUAUUCAGCACGUCUAUUACAUCCAUAUGUUGCUAGUGUUUUAUUCCAUGCGUUUUUGUUGCCUUAUAACUCGUUUCAUGCUGUGCCACCAAUGGAGUCCAUCCAAGUUGUACAAUGUGUUUUUGUUGUUGUUUUUUAACUAAGUGCAUACGGUUUUAAAUCUCCACAUAUGCCUUAGUGGAUUUUCCUCUUCCUGCAUGACAAAAAGGAAGAGGGCUGCAAGACGGCGGCUCCUCGCCUGCAGUUGAGCAUUGAAAUCCAGAAUCCUGGCUGGGUUUUUUUUGUUUGUUUGUUUCUUGGGCCUACCAUUAAAUUCCCCGCAAAACAGAAUUUUAUUCAUAACUUUACCAUCUAAUUCGAAGCUUAUAUUGUCUUUCAUGUUGGGUCCAGCAUAGUGCCCCCUCUUUCCUUUGGGCUUCUGUUCACCAUAUCCGUAACUUCAGUAUAAAUUGUAGUCUUAGGUUUUAUUAGAGCAAAAUCAAGCACUUCCACUCAUGGUUUAAAUCUUGUGGGAUGUAUCAAGGUUGUUAAAAGACUUAAUAUUUCUUAACACUAAAGCUGUGUGAAGCAGAAGCGCCUGCAAUACCUGCCAACAUGUUGCUCCAAUUAGUUUUUUUAUUUAUUUUUCGUCAUGACCUGUGAGUUUUUAUUGUUUUACAUUGUGCUGGACUCUGAAGCUUUUAUUAUCCGUUUAUUAUGCAGCUCAUCCAAAGCAUUCAGUGUCGAAGUGAAAUCUUCAUACAUUCUAACCAACAGUCAUACAGAAGCGAUCGCCUGGGUUUCCAUCACACAGUCAUAAUUAAUGUCACCAAAAUCAUCUGCAACCUUUGAAUAUUUGUGAUGUGAUGUUGAAAAACACCAAUUUUUUGCUCAACUGGAGCUAAAAGAAAAAGCAGCAGCUGUUCCACUGGUGCCAUGGUGACUGACAUGCUCGUGUGUGUGUGUGUGUGUGUGUGUGUGUGUGUGUGUGUGUGUGUGUGUGUGUGUGUGUGUGUGUGUGUGUGUGUGUGUGUGUGUGUGUGUGAGAGAGACUGUAUGUAGAAAUCAUUAAUUCAAUGGAUUUGUUAGGUGUGUGUAAUCAGGUGAUCAUGUUGUAACUUCAGCAUAGUGAUUUAUAGAUUUGUUCUUAUUUUAUCUGUGAUGUGAACCGACUCUUAAAAGUACAGUGUUCCUCUAAAGUCCACACACCCUGGUUAAAGUUCCAUUUUCCGUCUGUUUUAUGUCCUUAUUGCCCUUUUGAUUGAUUUCUAGACAGAAGUAAAGUUUCCUCAAAGGUGGAGAAAUCAUUUAUACUGGUUUCUGAAUUUCACCAGGGUGUUAAAGACAUUUGAAAACCACAAAAAUAAAAUACUACAAAUCAAGAAAGAAAACCAAGUCAGAACAAGUUUGUUUUUUUAGAAUUUAUUCAAAGAAAUUCUUUGUAUGUUUGUGUGCUUGUGCCUUAUUUGUGUUUGCCAAGUGAUUUUCCUCUUUAGCCAUCUAAGUGACAGUGUGGCCAUAGAUUAAAAUAACCAGAGCUGCAUUCAGCAGAGCCUAUUGUGUCCAUGGAGAUAUGAGCAGCUGUAAAAGAGUAAAAUGAUUUCAGAACGAAGAACUUCAUUUAUCUAUAUGCAGAUACUGCAGCUACUGAGAGGGGAAAGCACUACAUUUUGAUGGAAGCUGUACCAUGUAGGCUAUCAUGUUCAUAUUUCUAUAAUAAAGAUCGAAGAGAAUUUAUUAUUCAUCAGAAAUGUCUGAAAAUAGAUGCCGUUCUGUUCAGUGGGGAUUUUAUGAAGGUAGUUUUUGUGUGCAUGGAUUCUCCGUACCGCUCUUCCUUGUCGAUUCUGUGAUCAGUUGCAGACCCGUUUAUCUCUGGAUCUUUGUACUGUAAUUGUAUUUGACAGUAAACGUCACAACUGUGGGAGGAGUUGUAGGUCUGAACUUUGACCUCCAUGCUAACUUGUUAACUCUGUGAUUCUAUUUUCUUAACUGUGGUUUUCCAUCCUUUUACUUUUGAUAUAUAGCAAUGUGGAUUUUCGCCCUGUACUUGUUUAAUAUGAUGGUGGAAUAUGUUGUAUGAUCCAUGUGAACAACCAAUAAACGAAUGGUGAAAAGAAA